AUGUCUUCAUCCUAUGAACCUUUUCGCAGUCGUUCUCAAGGUACAGAAGAUAUCAAAGAAGACUCUGAGAAGUUGAUCGAGCCGGAACCCCAGAGGGAGACUACCAGUUUGACCCUCCCACGUCUCCAGAGUCCGUCUUCUGGCAGAGCGAAACACGCGAAGCAUGCGCGUGUUGGUCUGCGAGUGGUGGCUCUUGCUAUCGCAGUCACAGUUCUCGGUAUCCAAGUCCAUUCCGCUCAGAUUUGGCUUUCAACCCGCGAUCGCGUUGUAUUUAACCGGACGACGAAGCUCGAUACUCACUCAUGGGCCGUGAUCGAUAUGUGGCCCACCUGGACGAUGAUAGCUGCUGCAGGCUUGGCAACGAGCAUCCAGCUCAGUGCCUUGACCAGUCACUUGUGUAUUUGUCUAGUCGAUAGGCACGGCUCCCGUCAACACGCAGUAAGCGUGUACGUAACCUCGGCUAUCCUCAUUGCCUUCUGGAUUGCAGCGAUGUUCUAUUUCAAAUUGGCCAACUAUCAAGGCAAAAAGAAGUCCAUGUGGGACAUCUGGACAUGGAGCUGCCAUCAACAAGAUGUUGCAGGAGAUAUUCCAUGGAAGGCUUUAUGCAUCCAACAGCAAUACACCUGGUUUGCUUCGAUCGUAGUGGCUGUGACAGAAGUCGUCGUUCUAAUUCUCUUCAUUUACAACCGACGGGACAUGAGGGGUGCAAGAUCUACGCAAGGCAAAUUCAGCUUGAUCCCCAAUUUGGGAGCAUGA